AUGACAAGGCACUCAAAAAAUUGCACGGCAAACACGGUAUAUACCUAUCAUGAGCGUCGCAAGGAUGCUAAGAACUCUGGAUACGGCACACAAACAGUUCGUUUAGGCAAGGAUUCAAUCAGGGCAUUCGAUUGUUGUUGUCUUACGCUUCAGCCAGCACAAGAUCCUGUCAUAACUCAAGAUGGUUUCAUUUACGACCGAGCUGCUAUCCUUGAGUACAUUCUUUCUCAGAAGGCUGACAUUAAACGGCGCCAAAAAAUAUACGCUAAACAGUGCGAUCGCGCUGCUCGUGAUGCACUGGAGAAAAAAAAGGCUGCUCAGGAUGAAAAAGCCCGCGCUUUUAUGGCCCUCAACACUCUAGACACGCAUUCUAAGGCCUCAGCUCAGGCUGCCGAGUCGGAAGCCCUUGCUAGCGUAUCUAAGGGAAAUUGUAAACUAACAUCAUUUGUAGGUGAUUAUAAGCCAGGCACAGCUGCCAGCUUCUGGACUCAGACUCCAUGCGCCGGCGAUUCUUUGAAGCAUGAAAACGAUAUUCCCAAACCCGAUCCCGUGGUUCGUUGCCCUAUGAGCGGCAAACCGCUGCGAUAUAAAGAUCUAAUAACUGUCAAUUUUACGAAUCUGGAUGCAGACGAUGUCAGUUCUGGGAGUUGUAACACUGGAGCUAAUGAGAUUCGGCGGGUAUGUGCAGUUUCAAAGGAUCCUUUGACAAGCGCUACUCGCUGCUUUGUACUGCGCCCUUCAGGGGCUGUAGUCACUCGUGAGGUUGUGGAUAAGAUCAUCCGCAAGGAAAUGAUUGAUCCAAUUUCUGGUUCAAAGUUGGUGGAAUCAGAUUUGAUUGAGGUACGCGUCGGUUGUGGCGGGUUUGCUGAUGGGCGCUCUGUACUCACUGCUACACGGGUGGCUCCUGUAAUGCCCUCUUGA